AUGGUAGCCAAGGCGGAGAUGAGCGCCAUGGAGUUGGAGAAGGUGAUGAGCGACGGGGAGGUGGUGCUCGGUGGCGCCGGGGACGAGGAGGAGGAGGACGACGACGUGGUGCUGCCGGGGUACCGGUUCCACCCCACCGACGAGGAGCUAGUCACCUUCUACCUCCGCCGCAAGGUGGCCAGGAAGCCGCUCCGCAUCGAGGUCAUCCGGGAGAUGGACAUCUACAAGCACGACCCAUGGGAUCUCCCCAAGGCGAGCACGGUCGGUGGGGAGAAAGAGUGGUACUUCUUCUGCCUGAGGGGCAGGAAGUACCGGAACAGCAUCCGGCCAAACCGGGUCACCGGCUCCGGCUUCUGGAAGGCCACCGGCAUCGACCGGCCAAUCUACUCCGCCGGCAGCGGCGGCGCCAGUUCCGGCGUGUCCAUCGGGCUGAAGAAGUCGCUCGUCUACUACCGCGGCAGCGCCGGCAAGGGCACCAAGACCGACUGGAUGAUGCACGAGUUCCGCCUACCGCCGGCCGCCGUCACCAACUCCUCCCCGAGCAUGCAGGAAGCCGAGGUGUGGACCAUCUGCAGGAUCUUCAGGAGGACCAUCACCUACCGGAAGCAGCAGCAGCCGUGGAGGCCGGCGCCGGCGCCGUCCGCCGCCGACUCGAACUCCAACACGGGGAGCUUCGAGUCGUCCGAAGCCGGCGACGAGUACAUGAACUGCAUGCAGGCACCCGCCGCUCCAUGCAUCCCCCAGCAGCAGCAGCAGUACAUCAGUCAGACGGGCACGGUGGACAGCAGCAACUUCUUCUACGAGGACACCAUGCCCAACCAGCAGUUCCAGGGGCAAUGGAACGCCGCGCCGGUGCCGGAGCAGAAACUACAGAGCCCAUUGUCGACGGCCGCCUCCUUCCACCAGAAUGACCACAGCCACGCCGUCGCCGCGAACGAUUUCUACAAGGUCGAGGGGUACUUAGAGGAGAUCGCGAGGAUGAUGGAGGUCACCGAUCCGACAGGGUUUUACGACUAUAGAUCAUACGGUUGAUCGGCCAAGCUACGAACAUCUUCAGAGUUGUUCAUGGUAGACAAACAGAAUUCGCCGACACGCUAGAACAGACUGACAUGCAGGG